AUGCACUCCACCCGCAGACAUCGACGAGGAAAUUCUUCUUUUGUGCUUGUGCCAGUGACGACCGAGGCAGGAUCUUCGGUGCCACCUCUAGUGUUGUACGAGGAUGAUCCGGUGCCGGAGCCUGUCUGGUACCCGAGAGGUCCUAUAGAUGCAUCCCAGUUGACAGGGUAUGCAGAUCAUUCAGACAGAGAUCCUCAGAGGUUCUACAACCACGGCCAGAAGAUUGGCGCUCUCGCGCAGCUUGGCGAGUCGUGGUUCCAGGAUGCACUCGCAGCUUCUGAACUGAGGGACCUCUGUCAGGUCGGAUUUCAGACGAUCCAUGAUGGGAUGAUGAUGACAUUUGCAGAGAGAUGGCAUCCAGAUACUUCGUCCUUUCAUCUUCCUCACGGUGAGAUUAACAUCACUCUUGACGACAUUGCAUGCCUCUUGCAUCUACCUAUCAUAGGUACCAUCCUUGGUCACGGUAGGCUGGCGAAGGAGGAAGCGGUGGAGAUGCUAAUUGAGGAGCUGGGGGCUGAUCCUACUGACGUGCUUGAGGAGGUGGAGAGGACCCGCGGGGCGCACGUGAGGUUUCACUCCUUGCAACGGAUAUAUGAUGCCGAGCUUCUUGCGGCACACGAGGUUGCUGGUAACGAGGAAGAGGCGGAUAUACAUAGAGAACGGGUGUUGAGAUGUUGGAUACUACAACACUUUCCUGACAUUAUUGACUGGGGAGAGGUGUCGGGUUACACUAAAGUCAUGACGUGUGCUAGAGCCUGUGUCCCCCUCAGAGCGAACCAAGUGCUGAAGCCUUACAGACACUGUUUUGACCGCAUGGCCGAUGAGGACGUUCGAUAUGACUGCUAUGAUGAUCAACAUGAGACGGUUCCGUGGAAUGACAUCGCUCUAUAUUCUGGAUGGUUAGUUGUCAGUUCGACCAUUAUUGUUCGUUAUCUUCUGGAGCGCGUCAUGCGUCAGUUUGGCUACCAGCAGACGAUAUCCCGCCACCCUUCUGACUUCGCUCCUAUUGCCAUGACUCGUCGAUAG